GUAGUAAUAAAAGGUUGAAAACUAAGAUAAGCCCAAGCUCAGCAGUCUGUUUUAAUCCCCCACCAGUUUACCAACCCCUGCUAAGUUCACCCACAGUAGGACAGAGACGGAUCCUGGUAUCCCAUCCCUACCAAUCACAGCCCUACAAAGAAUCACACUCAUUACACCUGCAUCGUAGACAAUCACAAGCCAAACUCAUACAUCAGCAACACCAACUCCAAUGCCCUGAAUAAAAACCUCAGCUUUUUCCCUUCAAAGGCCAAAAACCUGGAUCUCUUCUGUCUUCUCCUUCGUCUGAAAAUCUCUCUCUCUCUCUUCAUUUUUUUCUUCUUGUACCAAUAAUGAAGAAGCUGUACCGCAGAGGCACGGUUCAUCCGUCACCGCCAACCGUGUCCGACCACCUGUCCUUCCUUCCCGCCACCAUCCUCGCCCUCGCGGCCGCCCUGUCCCCGAGGGACAGGGAGGUCCUGGCUUACCUCAUCUCCUGCUCCAACACUAACAACGUCAACUUAACAUCCUCACCCUCCUCACGUAAGACUACUACCACAACCGCCACCAACAGCAGCAACAAAAAGAGUUCCGCCGCCAAAGGAGGCGGCGGAAGCGGCGGCAGGGACCACCCGGCGCGGUUCAACUGCAGCUGCUUCAGGUGCUACACGAGUUACUGGGUCAGAUGGGACGAAUCGCCGAAUCGAGAACUGAUCCAUGAUAUCAUCGAUGCUUUUGAAGAUGAGCUACUUUCAUCUCAGAGUGGCAGUAGUAGUAGUAGCAAAGCGGCUGGGUCGAAGUAUGGUAAGAAGGACAAGAGGCACCAUAACAAGAGAGGAAACAGUGGUAACGGGCCGGGUCAAGGAUCGGAGUUGAGUCUGAAGAAGAAGGAUCAGAUGGUGAAGCCUAACAUGGUGGAGGAGACUAAUAGUAGUAGUAACAGUACUGACUCUGGUGAUCUUGAUGGUGAUGAGGAAAGCAAGGGAUCGGUGAGAAGAUUUGUGAGCUUUCUUGGAGAGAGGAUAUGGGGUGGUGUCUGGAGCCAGUAAGCUAUGAUCAGGUAAUGUUUUCAGUGUCAAAAUUAGCUUCUGCUUGAAAUGUUUUGAUAAUAUAUGCCAAAGCAAUGGAAUCCAGAAAGGGAAAAAGCCUGGAGAACUAGUUAUGAACCCAAUAAUAGCAUGCAUGGUGGGGGCUUUCCUCUUUGGUUGAUCCGGUACAGCACUGGAGCUAGAAAGCUGGUCUGUUUGUGCUCCAAAAAUGUAGAGAGCGACGCCGACGCGUCGUUUGUCCAAGCAAGCAUCAAUUCAUUUCCUAAAGGGCUUUCCCAUAUUUUGGCAUAAGUGGGUUAUUUGAAUACUGAGAGUAUUGGUACCCCUUUUAGAGUUUUAGUAUUGAAAAUGUCUGAUAGGCAUUCCUGGGUCGGCAAAGCAAAAGCAAGUAAAUAAAGGGCUUCAAUUCCUUCGAUUAAAGCAAGUGGAGGAUAGCCAAAAGAGUAUACCUCACCCCACUAAAAUUAUUACUCCAGUCCAAACCCUCUUUUCGUUAUUCCCCAAGGUCAUUUAUUCUUUCCAUUAUUGGUUCUGUUAUUAUAUACUUAGCACCUUUUCUUGGACCAAUUUACCCCUUUAACUUCGGUUUGUCACCUAUUUAGGUGUUCUAUAUGGCUCAUAACUUUUCCAUUAUGUACUAAUAGAGUUUGGUGGUCUUUCAAUUGAGACAUUUGGAUUCCCCCUUUGAGUUUUGAAGGCUAAAAGAGGUUGGUAGAUUAGAGGGAGAGUUGUAGUUUACCAAACGAAAAGAAAAGGUGAUCCAUAUAUCGCUUUUGUGUUGCGUAUUUGGGUGUAUUAUUACUUUAUUGGUAAUAGAAUCCGGUGUAAUUUUGUA